GGNCGGACGCUGGUGUGCUCUGCUCGGCGGAGGGACAAGUUAUUGGAUCGUUUGGGUGCCGAGUGCGCACGCUGUGCUGGCGGCGCUUUUUUCUUUUUUUCUCUUUUUUUUAACCUUUUUUUGAGUUGUGUUUGUGGUGUACGGGAACGGGAACGCUCUUGGCUUAUUGGCCGCGAGGAUGGCAGCCAGCGACCUCAAGGCGCCACUGAUGGAUGAGGCUGAGGAGGAGGCGACAUUGGCAGACGAUCAACAGUAUCAGCUAGGGCCUGCCCGACCGAGGUCAAGCAGUCGGGUCAGCCUUGAGAGCCUCAGCAAUGUUCGCAGCUCGACUGUUUGUGGGUAUCUCUGGGUUGUGAGCCUCUUGUUGGUCGUUUUUGGAUUCAUUCCGUGGGGCAUCGUGGAAUUGCGCCGCUAUCAUCAACAGACACAUGUCCAGGCCUGGUUCGCGGCCGGCGUCUUUGUUGCGCUGGCCGUGCCAUUGACGCUCUGGGACAUUGCUCAGCACCUUCGCUAUUGGUACAAGCCCGAGCUUCAACGACACAUCAUUCGCAUCAUGAUGAUGGUUCCUAUUUAUGCCAUCGACUCUUGGCUGGGGCUGCGCUUUCCCGACUACGCCAUCUACUUUGACACUGCCCGCGAAACCUACGAGGCCUAUGUCCUCUACAAUUUUUACGUGUAUCUAUUGACGUUUCUUCGUCAACGCAAGGACUUUGAUAUCGAUAUUCACAAGCGACCUCCGGCACAGCACAUGAUCCCGUGCUGUUGUCUCACACCCUGGCGAAUGGGCGAACCUUUUAUCAACAAAUGCACGCACGCUGUCGCCUCCUACAUGGUGAUGCGUAUCCUCGUCACCCUAAUCUCCUUCAUAACCAGCAUGACGGGUGAUUACGGCGACGGUGAUAUGUCCCCAAAAAAGUCAUUCAUGUACCUUGCCAUUGCCAAUAUGAUCUCUCAGGGAUGGGCCAUGUACUGUUUGGUGCUAUUCUACUAUGCGUUCAAGUAUGAUCUAGCACCAAUCAAGCCCGUGCCCAAAUUCUUGACCAUCAAGGCCGUCAUUUUCUUCUCAUUCUGGCAAGCCGUCCUCAUUGCCAUUCUGGUCGAGGUUGGCGUCAUUCACGAGCAUGCAGACUGGGUCUACUCAACUGAGAGUGUGGCAGCGGGCAUUCAAGAUUUCCUGGUUUGCGUAGAAAUGUUCAUCGCCGCUGCUGUUCACCACCACGUUUUUUCGUAUCGCGAGCACCUGCCCAAAGAUGGUACGGCGCCACCUGAAGUGACCUUUCGAACGGCUGUUCGCAACCUCCUCGACUUUCGAGAUGUCACACAUACCAUCUACGAUCAUGUGCAGACGGUGGCUACGUUGGAUGGCCGGAUUAUUUCCCGUCAACCCAUGCGCUCAGAGCACACCGCCUUGCUGAGCAGCACGUCACCAGCCUCGGUCUUGGUCGCACCUACGCCAGCAGCGGAUGCUGCAACCGCAUAUGGUAGCACCGAUGAUGCAACAAGUGACCUGGCACCACCCCGCUCCACCGUCUGAACUCUCGAUCCAAAAAUGAACCCAUCGGCGAGAAUGAUAUAGCCAGGUGUGAUAAGUUUUCUGCAUCAAAAUUGAUCUGAUCUCGAGGCAGUCGAGGCAGAAGACG